UUUCUAACAGAUUUUCGACCGAUAUUUCCAAAUGAAGAAAGACUUUCACAAGUUUAACAAGGCUUUCCGUGUUUUUACUUUGCUCGUAUUAAUGACUGGAUUACCAUUUCACUGUUUAGAAAUUCGCUUGCUUGUACAAGUUGAGGGUAAAUUUUUGUCGAAAACGAUGACUGGAAUUUAUCUCAUUGUUACCGUUGCUUCAUUAUACAUGGCAGCCCAAGGAAAUUAUAAUUUGGACAAAGUACGAAAUUGGCUCGCAGUGAAUAACAACGUAGAAAAAUUAUCCUCAAAAAAGCUGAUGCUGCUUUUGCACGAAUUGUCAUCCAGUGACAAUAUUGGUCUUCAAGGUGGAAAGUUUUUCACAAUUACUUAUCGACUUAUUUUAUCGGUCGCCGGCAUAAUUGUGACUUACUCGGUCAUAAUUCUACAAUGGAAUGAUAAAAAGUAACGCUUAAGAUAAUGUUAGGAUUUUACAUGGAUCCCUUCAGAUUGGUUUUCCUCUGUAAUCUAAACUUUCUC